UGAUGUACAGCCGUCCGCCAUCAUUGCACACAAGCUAACAUUAGCUAAAAACCACUGAGAAGAGAGCGAGUGACAACAACAUAACAGACAUACACCGACCUAUUAAAGGGGAGGUCACUGAGUUUCCCUGUCGCUUUUCUGGCGUACUAAGCAAACUAGCAACUGCCUUUCAUGUAGUCUUUAAGUCAACUUUGAAACGAAAGUCGUUUUACCUAAACAUGUCCAACCUCAAAGGCGGCACCAAGAAGGAUACCAAGAUGAGGAUACGAGCCUUUCCUAUGACAAUGGAUGAGAAGUAUGUAAACAACAUCUGGGACCUUCUAAAGAAUGCCAUCCAAGAGAUCCAGCGGAAGAACAACAGUGGUUUAAGCUUUGAGGAGCUGUACAGGAAUGCCUACACCAUGGUGCUCCACAAGCAUGGAGAGAAGCUCUACACGGGCCUGAGGGAGGUUGUCACAGAGCAUCUCAUCAACAAAGUACGGGAAGAUGUCCUAAACUCUCUCAAUAAUAACUUUCUGCAAACACUGAAUCAGGCCUGGAAUGACCAUCAAACUGCCAUGGUCAUGAUAAGAGACAUCCUUAUGUACAUGGACCGGGUCUAUGUGCAACAAAACAAUGUCGAGAAUGUGUACAACCUCGGCCUGAUCAUUUUCCGGGACCAGGUGGUGCGUUAUGGCUGCAUUCGUGACCACCUGCGCCAGACAUUACUGGACAUGAUUGCUCGAGAGAGGAAGGGAGAGGUGGUAGACAGGGGUGCCAUUAGAAAUGCCUGCCAGAUGCUGAUGAUACUAGGCCUCGAUGGCAGAUCUGUGUAUGAAGAAGACUUUGAGGGCCCUUUCUUAGAUAUGUCAGCAGAAUUCUUCCAAAUGGAGAGCCAAAAGUUCCUUGCAGAAAACAGUGCCAGUGUCUACAUCAAGAAAGUGGAAGCUAGAAUCAAUGAAGAGAUUGAGCGAGUUAUGCAUUGCCUAGACAAAUCUACAGAAGAGCCCAUAGUGAAGGUGGUUGAGAGGGAGCUGAUAUCUAAACACAUGAAGACCAUUGUGGAGAUGGAAAACUCUGGCCUUGUUCAUAUGCUCAAGAACGGCAAGACUGAAGACCUGGCCUGCAUGUACAAGCUGUUCAGCCGUGUGCCAAAUGGCCUUAAAACCAUGUGUGAGUGUAUGAGCUCUUACCUGAGGGAGCAAGGCAAAGCUCUGGUAUCAGAAGAGGGAGAAGGCAAGAACCCCGUCGACUACAUCCAGGGCCUGCUAGACCUGAAGACACGAUUUGAUCGUUUUCUCCUCGAGUCCUUCAACAAUGACAGACUCUUCAAACAAACCAUCGCAGGAGACUUUGAGUACUUCCUGAACCUCAACUCUCGCUCACCAGAGUAUUUGUCUCUCUUUAUUGAUGACAAGCUCAAGAAGGGGGUCAAAGGGUUGACAGAACAGGAGGUGGAGUCCAUCCUCGAUAAGGCGAUGGUAUUGUUCAGGUUCAUGCAGGAGAAGGAUGUGUUUGAAAGGUACUACAAGCAGCAUCUGGGCCGCAGGCUGCUCAGCAACAAGAGUGUCUCAGAUGACUCUGAGAAGAAUAUGAUCUCUAAGCUUAAGACAGAAUGUGGCUGUCAGUUUACCUCUAAACUGGAAGGGAUGUUCAGAGAUAUGAGCAUCUCCAACACCACUAUGGAUGAGUUCAGGCAGCACAUACAAACUACAUCGGCAUCUUUAAGUGGUGUGGACCUCACAGUCAGAGUCCUCACUACUGGCUACUGGCCUACACAAUCAGCAACACCUAAAUGCACCAUCCCACCUGCUCCCAGACAUGCGUUUGAAGUCUUUAGAAGGUUUUACCUUGCUAAGCACAGUGGCAGACAGCUCACACUGCAGCACCACAUGGGCGGGGCAGACCUAAAUGCAACUUUUUAUGGAGCUGUUAAAAAGGAGGAUGGUUCAGAAGUAGGCGUAGGAGGUGCUCAGGUGACAGGCUCUAAUACCCGGAAGCACAUCUUGCAGGUUUCCACCUUCCAGAUGACCAUCCUUAUGCUCUUCAACAACAGAGAAAGAUGUACUUUUGAGGAGAUCCAGCAGGAGACAGAUAUUCCCGAGAGGGAGCUAGUGCGAGCGCUUCAGUCCUUGGCCUGCGGGAAGCCAACACAGAGAGUUCUCACCAAGGAGCCAAAGUCCAAGGAGAUCGAGAGUGGCCACGUGUUUACAGUCAAUGAUCAGUUUACUUCUAAACUGCACAGAGUCAAAAUACAGACAGUUGCUGCUAAACAAGGGGAAUCAGACCCUGAAAGGAAAGAGACGCGGCAGAAAGUGGAUGAUGACAGGAAGCAUGAGAUUGAAGCAGCCAUUGUUCGAAUCAUGAAAUCACGGAAGAAGAUGCAGCACAAUGUCCUGGUGGCAGAGGUGACCCAGCAGCUCCGGGCACGUUUUCUUCCCAGUCCUGUGGUAAUCAAAAAACGUAUAGAAGGACUAAUAGAAAGAGAAUACUUGGCGAGGACACCAGAAGAUCGAAAAGUGUACACCUACGUUGCAUAGAGGAUGAACUCUGGAUGAGGAGAUGAAGAGACUGGACACAGUGGAUUUGUUUGUUUUCUUUGGACUGUUGUUACGCAUGGACUGGAAGUUUCUUUUAAAGACAAAUGCUGGGAACCUGAUUCGUCAUCCUUGAGAAAAACACAGUAAACACUCGUAAAUGGGAAAUGAAAUUUUGUCGCAGAAAAAGAAAUCCAUCAAAACUUGUAGAUGAUUUUUAAAAUCGGGCCCAGUCUUCCUAUUCCCUGUGAGUUUUGGAUGGAUCCAGCUUCAAGCUUUUCACUGUUUUACCCUUGUAGAGAUCAAACUUGCAAAGAAUCCCUUGGGAAAAUGUGAAUGCACCACAUUAUUUUUUUGUUUCAAUACUGUAUAAAAAUAAUAAAAUUAUUAAAAACAGGAAAUGUGGAUUGUUAAAAAACUAAA